AUGACUUCUGUCAAUACACCUGAGGAGCAGGCCAUUGCCUUUCUUCUGAUUUGUGUGGAACACUCUCAGAUGGGAAAAAUCAAUUGGAAGGAUGUCUCACUCGAUAUUGGCGUCAAUAUGAGCCCCGAAGCGGCCAGGAAAUACUACUUCAGCAUUGCCAAGAAUGCCAAAGGGUUCGAGCGCUCUGACAAGUAUCCCGAAAUCCCCGCAGACCCUUCCUGGGAGACCAUCACGCCCGAUGAUCUUGGCCCCAUCGUCAUUUUCGAAGAGUCUUAUGAUACCAUUGCCUAG